CCAAAUGUAGCAGUAGAAAAAAAAUCAAACAGAUGCCCUGACUGCAGAUUCUGGGCUGUUGUGCCUUGACAGGAAUACCUUUCCUUGAUGCAGUUCUGCAGAAGAAAUGUGCAGGCUUUAGAGGUAGCAACUCUAAUAUGUUAUGCAUCGUUCUCUUAGAAGCUAUAGAAUUGCUAUGUUAUUCCUGCAUUACACAAUGAUGAUACCGAAGUAGCUCUGAAAUGCAUUUAGUUAAUAUGACAGAUAACUAUAGUGUUUCUCCAUAUACACAUGGCCACAUACCAAAUCAGCCUAGAAUAGGCAGUUGAAAAUGUAAAGUUUUAGUUUCUGCUGUCAUACAGCUCCCCCACACCUGCACGUGCAUUUCCCUCUGCUAUGUGAAAAGACAAGUCAUGUAAUUCAAAACAUUGUGAAGAUGACAUGACAUCUGCUUAAAAUCAGGAAAGCCAACCAUUGGGAUCAGUACAUUAGCAUAUUUGCAGCCUUUUUUUCUCCCUUGGUAGCCUACCUGGAAACUGUUGCUUUGUCUAUAUUCCAUUUGAUAGAAUCUUCACCAAGCUUAUAGGGUCACUUCAAAGCACCUGACAAAUCAAAUCAGAUACUUGAGAUUAGGUCUUUUUUAGGCCACAUAAACCAUAAUCAGUGCAACAGGCCUGAGAAUCAGAUUCCUUUCUACUACCCACUUUUCUGCAGAAGAAUAACUUCUCAUCCCCAUUUUUGCUCAGUACAGUUAAGUACACAUAGUCAAAAAGCCUGACGCUGUAUUGAUUCAGUCUUUGGAAGUUACUCUAAAAUGGAGAGAUUAAAUUGAAAUAGAAGUGAACAGACUGUGAAGAAGGACUGGUUAUAAAUAAGGUCCAGAGAACAGAAAAAGAGAUCACACUGGGAGAACGCCAAUUUUGCAGUAGCUAUUCCUUGAAGAGGAACAGGGGAGGUGGUUCUCACCCCUACCUUGGGCAAAUUCAAGAGGAGGUUGGACGAUCACCUGUCUGGGGUCUUGUGAACCCAGCAUUCAUUCCUGCCUGUGGCAGGGGGUCAGGCUAGAUGUUCUGUUCAGGUCCCUCCUGACCCUAGCUACUAUGAAACUAUGAAGAUAAAGAGACCCAGAGGGGCGCGGCAUGGCGUGAGGGAGGAGAGAGAAUGGAGCGAGGGUUCAGAGGAAGAGAAGCCGUGGAGGAAAGAUCAAAAUGAGGAAAUCCCGGGAGCCAGUUCUGCUUGAGAGAGAGGACAUAGCCAGAAGACAGAAUCUGGAAUCCCUGAAGAAAUAAGCUGACUCUUGAAUCACUCGGAGGAGUGGAGUAAUGAAAGCAGAAACUGCAAGAAAGGAGGCGCAGCAGAUGCUCGUCAGUUUUCACAAAGAUUCCGACCUGAGUAUGCGGACACUCAGCACACCCAGUCCAGCAUUAAUAUGUCCACAGAAUUCACAAGGCUGCCAGAAUGGCAGAGGAUCUUCCACCUCCUCAUCCUCAGUCACUGGGGAGACAGUUGCUAUGGUCCAUUCACCUCCUCCAACUCGCCUUACUCAUCCUCUCAUCCGGCUGGCAUCCAAGCAUCAGAAGGAACAAGCUAACAUAGAUCGGCUCCCAGACCAGUCCAUGAUCCAAAUUUUCUCUUUCCUGCCAACCAAUCAGUUGUGCCGCUGUGCCCGGGUGUGUCGCCGUUGGUAUAACCUGGCUUGGGAUCCACGGCUUUGGAGGACUAUUCGCCUGACAGGCGAGACAAUCAAUGUAGAUAGGGCUCUUAAAGUGCUAACCCGGAGGCUUUGUCAGGACACACCAAAUGUAUGUCUCAUGUUGGAGACGGUAAUUGUUAGUGGCUGCAGGCGGCUCACAGACAGGGGACUCUAUACCAUAGCUCAAUGCUGUCCAGAACUGAGGAGAUUAGAGGUGUCAGGCUGUUACAACAUCUCCAACGAAGCAGUCUUUGAUGUGGUGUCACUGUGUCCAAACCUGGAGCACCUGGAUGUGUCAGGCUGCUCCAAGGUGACGUGCAUUAGUCUUACUCGUGAAGCUUCGAUCAAGCUGUCUCCGUUACAUGGUAAACAGAUCUCCAUCCGCUACUUGGACAUGACAGACUGCUUUGUCCUGGAGGACGAAGGACUGCACACCAUUGCUGCUCACUGCACGCAGCUGACCCAUCUGUAUCUGCGCCGCUGCGUCCGCAUCACCGAUGAAGGCCUCCGCUACCUAAUGAUCUACUGCACGUCUGUCAAGGAACUGAGCGUGAGCGACUGCCGCUUUGUCAGUGACUUUGGCAUGAGGGAGAUUGCCAAGCUGGAGUCACGCCUGCGGUACCUCAGCAUUGCCCACUGCAGCCGAAUCACGGAUGUGGGCAUCCGUUACAUUGCCAAGUACUGCAGCAAGUUGCGCUACCUGAAUGCGCGGGGCUGCGAGGGCAUCACGGACCAUGGUGUGGAGUACCUUGCCAAAAAUUGCACAAAACUCAAGUCACUAGAUAUCGGCAAGUGUCCUUUGGUCUCAGACGCUGGCCUGGAGUUCCUGGCCCUAAACUGCUUCAACCUGAAGCGCCUGAGCCUGAAGUCUUGUGAGAGCAUCACAGGCCAGGGCUUGCAGAUUGUUGCUGCCAACUGCUUUGACCUGCAGAUGCUGAAUGUGCAGGACUGCGAUGUCUCUGUGGAUGCCCUGCGGUUUGUUAAACGCCAUUGCAAGCGUUGUAUUAUAGAGCACACCAACCCUGCUUUUUUCUAACAGGAUCGUCAGCUCCUGCCGAUGACCACAAAAUAUUAAAAAUAUUGAUGUAUAAAUACACAUGGCCACGUACAGUUACUAUCUUCUCUCAAAUGGCUCCUGGGAGUCAGCUUUCUUGUAUGUUGUUGGAGAGGGUUUAAAAUAUAAAUAUAAAAAAACUGAGGGGUGGGGGGCAGCUAUACCAUCACUAUUUUCCUAAUUGGAUCCAGUCCCUUUGGAGAAGCUUCCUUAACCUAAAAGCAGUGAGAUCUCAGCAUUACAUUGCUAUUCCCAUGACAUCCAUGAGCAGUCCUAGUUCUUCCAGAGGAAUAGGUCUUUUUGAGAUGCAACCUAAGCAUCAUUAAAAUAUGAAUACCAGCUGUGUAGGUGAUGCUACGCAGCCAUUAUUUGUCUAUAGACCUGCCCCCCAAAAUUCUUCCACAUGGCUGAAUAUGGCUUAACCUUAUCUUUAACUAUCAUCAUCUUGACAGUUUUUUGCCCACAUUCCAGCAAGCCCUGUAGAAAUACAAGAUCAGGUUUUUAAAUGUAGUCUAGGUUGGCGUAACUCUGCUCCUGUUUGUCUGAGCACAUUUGAAAAGCAUACCUCAAAUCUCUUUGACAUCAUGUGUGAGGAUCGUGAAUACGCUACUGUCAGCACCACUGAUUUAACACAGGCUUCUUGUGUUUGUAUGAAAUCACCUCUUGCUACUAUAUCUACUGGGGCCCUUUGGGUGCAAUAAGCAUUAGCACUGGAGCAAAAGGAAAUUUUUAAGGGAUGUUGGAAGCAGCUGGUAUCCCUUUCUAAGCCAGUGAGUGAAAAUGUCAGUAAUUUCUGCUUAGCUGCAGUUUGGCCUAAGAGAUCCUACCUACGUUAUUGCCAUGGUGAAUGAAGGUAGUACUACACCAUACCAGGAAUUAGUAAGUGUUACAGAAUAGUUCAUACCAAAGCAAACCUAUAAGAGUUGCAGUAUAGCUGUGCCGUACCAGUGCCGACAGUUUAUUCCCUUCCUUAGUUGUUCCUCUACUACACCAGGGAAUGGUGCAACUGAGAUUCGUUUUACGAAGAGUGGAAUCAUUAUCUGCCCAUGUGUUGAAGUAUAUACUUUACUGUUCAGUAUGUGUACUUAUACACAGAAAGUUGCAUACUUUCUACAGCCUUCCAGUUUACUGGAUUGUAGAUUUCAAGACUUGGAAGUCAUUAACCGGCUAUCAGACCACAUCCUUGGGAAAAAGGGAUUGGGGAUGUUAUCUGUAUUAGAACUGGAUUCAGGGAAAUCAUGUCUGUGUGUUCCCUCAAACUAAGAAAUUCUAUCCUACAUCAAGGAAUGAAAAUAUCAGCAUUACCCUGUAUGGCUGGAGCCUCUUUGCUCCAACUGGUGUUCCUGAUAUAGCCACUCUCUUGCUAAUGCCAUCAGUUUGAAAGCUUUCCCCCUACUCAUUGCCUUCUUUUUUCCCCUGAGCAUGUGAUCAUUUCAUCAUAUCAUAAUCAUCUGGCAACUGCUUUCCCCUCUCAGAUUCUGGCAAGUCAUCUCAGAACUGAAUGCCAGACACGUUAGGAGUGAUGAUAUUUUCAGGCAGGCAGGCCCCCUGCAUAAGAUUGACAACCAGGUUCAGAUGUUAGGCCCCAGGCACUAUAAAUGUUUCUGGUAGAGAGAUGUGGGAAAGAAACAUCCUGUCUGGUUUUCAUAAAAACAGUAGCCUCAUCGUCUCCAGACAACAUUAAUAAUGUCACUGAUAUGAAGUGAAAAUCCAUGUGUUUAAGAAAAUACAUAAUCACUAAGGAAAUGUUGGUAGCACAUGAUUUGGGGGGCAACAAAUGUUUGCAGAAAGUUCCCUUUUGUGAGGUGAAUUGUGUUUCCAUUAGGAAGAAAUAAAUCCUUUACCUCAUGCAUAUUCCUUUGCCUGUGGUUAAUUGUGUGUCUCUUUCCACAUGGAACAUUUAUCUCAUGACCAAACUUGGUAAUUCUAAAUAACACUGUACAAAUCUGGCAAGGGCCAGGGGUUCAAAUGAUUGUGUGGAAAAUGUCUUCCAGUUCCUCGUCACCCCAAAUCAGCAUAUGCUUGUGAGUGGUACCAUUCUUUGCCAGCUGCCAUCAGGAUAGUUUUCUUUUCCAUUCUUUUUUAAUACAAUUGAUCUGUCAGGCAUACUAUACAGUGUCAUUCAUCCUAGCCACUUAUACUCUUCAUUAUCCUUAAUACAGAGCUGGCCCAAGAGAGAGUUAAAUGUUGAAUCCAUUCUUGAGAAUGGUGGGAAUUUGAUUGAGCCACUUGCACUCAUGAAAUGAAAGGUCUUGUGAUGUUUAACUGUUUAUAAAAAAAGGUUGCUACUUUUCUGGCUAUGCUAAAUUGAAUGAAUAGCGCUGCGUGGUUUUUAAAGGUCCUAAUGUUUAAAUUGGCCUAUACUGUAUGAAUCUCACUAUAAAGCCUUAAUUUACUACCAAGAAAUAAAGCAAUAUAUUGG